GCGGGGCGGGCGGCGUUCAGCCGAGCUGGGUGCGGUGAGGCGCGCAGAUCACCGCGGUUCCUGGGCAGGGCACGGAAGGCUCAAGAACCUGACCUGCUGCAGCUCGAGUCUCCCCUUCGCCCCACCCCGCCGCACCGCCCGAGCGCUCGAGAAAGUCCUCUCGGUAGAACCAGCGCCUGUUCCCAGGGCAGACCCAGGCUCAGGUCCUGGCCGUAAGUCACCAUGGCCCAGCAGGCUGCAGACAAGUACCUCUAUGUGGAUAAAAACUUCAUCAAUAACCCACUGGCCCAGGCCGACUGGGCUGCCAAGAAGUUGGUAUGGGUGCCUUCUGACAAGAAUGGCUUUGAGCCAGCCAGCCUCAAGGAGGAGGUGGGCGAGGAGGCCAUCGUGGAGCUCGUGGAGAAUGGGAAGAAGGUGAAGGUGAACAAGGAUGACAUCCAGAAGAUGAACCCACCCAAGUUCUCCAAGGUGGAGGACAUGGCAGAGCUCACGUGCCUCAAUGAGGCUUCGGUGCUGCACAACCUCAAGGAGCGCUACUACUCAGGGCUCAUCUAUACCUAUUCAGGCCUGUUCUGUGUGGUCAUCAACCCUUAUAAGAACCUGCCCAUCUACUCAGAGGAGAUCGUGGACAUGUACAAGGGCAAGAAGAGGCACGAGAUGCCGCCUCACAUCUACGCCAUCACAGAUACUGCCUAUAGGAGCAUGAUGCAGGACCGAGAAGACCAGUCCAUUCUGUGCACGGGUGAGUCUGGAGCAGGCAAGACAGAGAACACCAAGAAAGUCAUCCAGUACCUGGCGCAUGUGGCAUCCUCACACAAGAGCAAGAAGGACCAGGGUGAGCUGGAGCGGCAGCUGCUGCAGGCCAACCCUAUCCUGGAGGCCUUCGGAAACGCCAAGACCGUGAAGAAUGACAACUCCUCACGAUUCGGUAAAUUCAUUCGCAUCAACUUUGAUGUCAAUGGUUACAUCGUGGGUGCCAACAUUGAGACCUAUCUUUUGGAGAAAUCUCGCGCCAUCCGGCAAGCCAAGGAGGAGAGGACCUUCCACAUCUUCUACUACCUGCUGUCCGGGGCCGGGGAGCACCUGAAGACUGACCUCCUGUUGGAGCCAUACAACAAGUACCGCUUCCUGUCCAACGGGCAUGUCACCAUCCCUGGGCAGCAGGACAAGGACAUGUUCCAGGAGACAAUGGAGGCCAUGAGGAUUAUGGGCAUCCCAGAGGAUGAGCAGAUGGGCUUGCUGCGGGUCAUCUCAGGAGUUCUUCAGCUUGGCAACAUCGUCUUCAAGAAGGAACGAAACACUGACCAGGCUUCCAUGCCCGACAACACAGCUGCUCAAAAGGUAUCCCACCUCCUGGGAAUCAACGUGACCGAUUUCACCAGAGGCAUCCUCACUCCGCGCAUCAAGGUGGGGAGAGACUAUGUGCAGAAGGCACAGACUAAAGAACAGGCUGACUUUGCCAUUGAGGCUUUGGCCAAGGCUACCUAUGAGCGGAUGUUCCGCUGGCUAGUGCUUCGCACCAACAAAGCUCUGGAUAAGACCAAGAGGCAGGGUGCCUCGUUCAUCGGGAUCCUGGAUAUCGCCGGCUUCGAGAUCUUUGAUCUGAACUCCUUCGAGCAGCUAUGCAUCAACUACACCAACGAGAAGCUGCAGCAGCUGUUCAACCACACCAUGUUCAUCCUGGAGCAGGAGGAGUACCAGCGCGAGGGCAUCGAGUGGAACUUCAUCGACUUUGGCCUCGACCUGCAGCCCUGCAUUGACCUCAUUGAUAAGCCAGCAGGCCCCCCAGGCAUCCUGGCCCUGCUAGAUGAGGAGUGCUGGUUUCCCAAAGCCACCGACAAGAGCUUCGUGGAGAAGGUGGUGCAGGAGCAGGGCACCCACCCCAAGUUCCAGAAGCCGAAGCAGCUGAAGGACAAGGCUGACUUCUGUAUCAUCCACUAUGCUGGCAAGGUGGAUUAUAAAGCUGAUGAGUGGCUGAUGAAGAACAUGGACCCUCUGAAUGACAACAUUGCCACACUGCUGCACCAGUCCUCAGACAAGUUCGUCUCUGAGCUGUGGAAGGAUGAGAUGCAGAACACUCAGAGAGCCUAUUUCUAUCGCCGCUUUCCCAUUCUCCACCUAGAAUCAGUGGAUCGAAUCAUUGGCUUGGACCAGGUGGCUGGCAUGUCUGAGACAGCACUCCCCGGUGCCUUCAAGACACGGAAGGGCAUGUUCCGUACUGUUGGGCAGCUGUACAAGGAGCAGCUGGCCAAGCUCAUGGCCACGCUGAGGAACACUAACCCCAACUUUGUCCGCUGUAUCAUUCCCAACCAUGAGAAGAAGGCUGGCAAACUGGACCCACACUUGGUGCUGGACCAGCUCCGCUGCAAUGGUGUCCUUGAGGGCAUCCGUAUCUGCCGCCAGGGCUUUCCCAACAGAGUGGUCUUCCAGGAGUUCCGGCAGAGGUACGAGAUCCUCACUCCUAACUCUAUUCCGAAGGGCUUCAUGGAUGGGAAGCAGGCGUGUGUCCUCAUGAUCAAAGCCUUGGAGCUUGACAGCAACCUGUACCGCAUCGGCCAGAGCAAAGUCUUCUUCCGGGCUGGUGUGCUAGCCCAUCUGGAGGAAGAGCGGGACCUCAAGAUCACUGACGUCAUCAUUGGCUUCCAGGCCUGCUGCAGGGGCUAUCUGGCCAGGAAGGCAUUUGCCAAGAGGCAGCAGCAGCUGACUGCCAUGAAAGUCCUCCAGAGGAACUGCGCUGCCUACCUCAGGCUGCGCAACUGGCAGUGGUGGAGGCUCUUCACCAAGGUCAAGCCUGUGCUGAACUCAAUGCGGCAUGAGGAUGAGCUGUUAGCCAAGGAGAUGGAACUGACAAAGAUGCGAGAGAAACAUCUGGCUGCUGAGAACAGGCUGACAGAGAUGGAGACUCUGCAGUCCCAGCUGAUGGCAGAGAAGUUGCAGCUUCAGGAGCAGCUGCAGGCAGAAACAGAACUAUGUGCCGAGGCUGAGGAGCUCCGGGCCCGCCUGACAUCGAAGAAGCAAGAGCUGGAGGAGAUCUGCCAUGACCUGGAGGCCAGGGUAGAGGAGGAGGAAGAGCGCUGCCAGCAUCUGCAGGCGGAGAAGAAGAAGAUGCAGCAGAACAUCCAGGAACUCGAGGAGCAGCUGGAGGAGGAGGAAAGUGCCCGGCAGAAGCUGCAGCUUGAGAAGGUGACCACUGAGGCCAAGCUGAAGAAACUGGAGGAGGACCAGAUCAUCAUGGAGGACCAAAACUGCAAACUGGCGAAGGAGAAGAAGCUGCUGGAAGACAGAGUAGCCGAAUUCACUACCAACCUCAUGGAAGAGGAGGAGAAGUCCAAGAGCCUGGCCAAGCUUAAGAACAAGCACGAGGCGAUGAUCACUGACCUGGAAGAGCGCCUCCGCAGGGAGGAGAAGCAGCGGCAGGAACUGGAGAAGACCCGCCGCAAGCUGGAGGGAGACUCCACGGACCUCAGCGACCAGAUCGCAGAGCUCCAGGCACAGAUCGCUGAGCUCAAGAUGCAGCUGGCCAAGAAGGAAGAGGAAUUGCAGGCUGCCCUGGCCAGAGUGGAAGAAGAAGCUGCCCAGAAGAAUAUGGCCCUGAAGAAGAUUCGAGAACUGGAAGCUCAAAUUUCUGAGCUCCAGGAAGACCUGGAGUCUGAGCGAGCCUCCAGGAAUAAAGCUGAGAAGCAGAAGCGGGAUCUUGGAGAGGAGCUGGAGGCCCUGAAGACAGAGCUGGAGGACACUCUGGAUUCCACGGCUGCUCAGCAGGAGCUGAGGUCGAAACGCGAGCAGGAAGUGAGCAUCCUGAAGAAGACCUUGGAGGAUGAGGCCAAGACCCACGAGGCCCAGAUCCAGGAGAUGAGGCAGAAGCACUCCCAGGCCGUGGAGGAGCUGGCCGAGCAGCUGGAGCAGACUAAGAGGGUAAAAGCCACCCUUGAGAAGGCAAAACAGACCCUGGAGAAUGAGCGAGGAGAGCUGGCCAAUGAGGUGAAGGUCUUGCUGCAAGGCAAGGGCGACUCGGAACACAAGCGCAAGAAGGUGGAGGCCCAGCUGCAGGAGCUGCAAGUCAAGUUCAGCGAGGGAGAGCGUGUGCGCACCGAGCUGGCUGACAAAGUCUCCAAGCUGCAGGUGGAACUGGACAGCGUGACCGGUCUCCUUAACCAGUCUGACAGCAAGUCUAGCAAGCUCACGAAGGACUUCUCUGCGCUGGAGUCCCAGCUUCAGGACACACAGGAGCUGCUGCAGGAGGAGAACCGGCAGAAGCUGAGCCUGAGCACCAAGCUCAAGCAGGUGGAGGAUGAGAAGAACUCCUUCAGAGAGCAGCUGGAGGAGGAAGAGGAGGCUAAACGCAACCUGGAGAAGCAGAUUGCCAACCUCCAUGCCCAGAUGACCGACAUGAAAAAGAAGAUGGAGGACGGGGUAGGAUGCCUGGAGACAGCAGAGGAGGCAAAGAGGAGGCUCCAGAAGGAUCUGGAAAGCAUGAGCCAGCGGCAUGAGGAGAAGGUGGCUGCCUAUGAUAAGCUGGAGAAGACCAAGACGCGGCUGCAGCAGGAGCUGGACGACCUCCUGGUGGACCUGGACCACCAGCGGCAGAGCGUCUCCAACCUGGAGAAGAAGCAGAAGAAGUUUGACCAGCUCCUAGCCGAGGAGAAGACCAUUUCUGCCAAGUAUGCAGAGGAACGCGACCAAGCUGAGGCUGAGGCCCGUGAGAAGGAAACAAAGGCACUGUCGUUGGCCCGGGCCCUCGAGGAGGCCAUGGAGCAGAAGGCAGAGCUGGAACGGCUCAACAAGCAGUUCCGCACAGAGAUGGAGGACCUCAUGAGCUCCAAGGAUGAUGUGGGCAAGAGUGUCCAUGAGCUGGAGAAGUCCAAGAGGGCCUUAGAGCAGCAGGUAGAGGAGAUGAAGACCCAGCUAGAGGAGCUGGAGGAUGAGCUUCAGGCCACCGAAGAUGCCAAGCUCCGUCUGGAGGUGAACCUGCAGGCCAUGAAGGCCCAGUUUGAGCGGGAUCUGCAGGGCCGGGAUGAACAGAAUGAGGAGAAGAAGAAACAGCUGGUCAGACAGGUACGGGAGAUGGAGGCAGAGCUGGAGGACGAGAGGAAACAGCGCUCUAUGGCCAUGGCAGCACGCAAGAAGCUGGAGAUGGAUCUGAAGGACCUGGAGGCACACAUUGACACAGCCAAUAAGAACCGUGAGGAGGCCAUCAAACAGCUGCGGAAGCUCCAGGCCCAGAUGAAGGACUGCAUGCGGGAGCUGGACGACACGCGUGCCUCCCGAGAGGAGAUCCUGGCUCAGGCCAAGGAGAAUGAGAAGAAGCUCAAGAGCAUGGAGGCUGAGAUGAUCCAACUGCAGGAGGAACUGGCAGCCGCCGAGCGUGCUAAGCGCCAGGCCCAACAGGAACGGGAUGAGCUGGCCGACGAGAUCGCCAACAGCAGUGGCAAAGGGGCCCUGGCGUUGGAGGAGAAGCGGCGACUAGAGGCCCGCAUUGCCCAGCUGGAGGAGGAGCUGGAGGAGGAGCAGGGCAACACGGAGCUGAUCAACGACCGGCUGAAGAAGGCCAACCUGCAGAUCGACCAAAUCAACACCGACCUGAACCUGGAGCGCAGCCAUGCUCAGAAGAACGAGAAUGCACGGCAGCAGCUAGAACGCCAGAACAAGGAGCUCAAGGCCAAGCUGCAGGAGAUGGAGAGUGCUGUCAAGUCCAAGUACAAGGCCUCCAUUGCUGCCUUGGAGGCCAAGAUUGCACAGCUGGAGGAACAGCUGGACAACGAGACCAAGGAGCGCCAGGCAGCCUCCAAGCAGGUGCGCCGGACUGAGAAGAGGCUGAAGGAUGUGCUGCUGCAGGUGGAGGACGAGCGGAGGAAUGCGGAGCAGUUCAAGGACCAGGCCGACAAGGCGUCCACCCGCUUGAAGCAGCUUAAGCGGCAGCUAGAGGAGGCCGAAGAGGAGGCCCAGCGGGCCAACGCCUCACGCCGGAAGCUGCAGCGUGAACUGGAGGAUGCCACAGAGACAGCUGAUGCCAUGAACCGAGAAGUCAGCUCCCUGAAGAACAAAUUGAGGCGUGGGGACCUGCCGUUUGUUGUGACCCGUCGACUUGUCCGGAAAGGCACUGGCGACGGCUCAGACGAGGAGGUUGAUGGCAGAGCAGACGGAGCUGAGGCCAAGCCAGCUGAAUAGGAUCUUCUGCUGCCUGAGACAACAGACAGACGGACGGCUCUGCCUCCCCUCCCCAGCCCUCCACACCCCUGCCUUGAGACUGCUGUGAUCAUGACCCCCUCCUCCCAGGCCUUACUGAGGGCAUUGGCUUCCUCUGCUGCCGCCCUUUCAGCCCUCCUUACCCUUCAAGAAUCUGAUACCAAAGAGUCCAGGCUGGCCCAUGCUGGGUGACCAGCAAGGUUUUGCCUCACUUGCCUGAAAGCACAGGUGGUGGGCAAGGAGGGCAGCCAUGGGAGUGGGCACAAGAGUUUUCUAUGAAUCUAUUUUUUCUUCAGAUAAAGGUUUUACUGCUCAGGCCCUGUAGAAGUGUUGUCACCUCCCCCACCUUUGCUGCCAGCUCCCCCACUCCUCCCUCUGCUGUUGGCAAUCACACAUGGUGACCUCACACCUGCCCGAUGCCCCCUUCCCUGGGCCCUUCCUGGUCCAGAAGGAGCAGUCCAGGGCUUCCACCGCUGUGCUGGGUGCAGAACAGGGGGCACUCGGAGAAUUUCCCCCACUCCCUCCUGGGUAGCACGGGGGCCUCUGCUCCUUCCGACUGUAAAAUGUCUCAAGUGCAAUGCCCCUCCCCUCCCUUGCCGAGGGCAGACUGUCCUGGCACCGGGGCAGCCAGACAGGGCAUCAGGGCCACACUGAAAAGGCCAACAACCUUCGGGUGGCUUCUCCCAGCACUCUAGGGGACCAAAUGUAUUUAAUGGUUAAGGGACUUUCAGGCCUGGCAGCCAGAAUAUCCAAGAGCUGGGGCCCGUGUGCGCUCUUGUGCCUCUCCUAGGACCGGGGCCAAGGGUGGCUGAGCUGCACCGCCGACGCUAUAGCUUCAGAUCUGCCUUCUACAUGGAUGUUUUUGAAAGAAAAAAAAAAAGGUUUUUCUUUUUUCCUUUCUUGGAGUAAGUGCUGUAGUUCUGGUGUUUUCACUGCCUUUCCUCUGGAACCGUGUUUAGAAGAGAGUAGCCUGUCCUACAAUGGUCUACACUGGUUGCUGAGUUUCCUGUGCACCUCACUGUUUUGUAAAUGCUGCGUUCAGACUCCCUCAUGGCAAGAAGGCUUUUUUUUUUUUGGGGGGGGGGGGACCCAAACUAAACAAAGUCAAAUCAUGAAGCUAUAUAUGCCGGAAAAGCUCUGAGCUCAGGUCCCAGUUGCUGUCGCAAAGGAGUGAGUGGGACUCGCACCCCCUUUUUUAUAUAAUAAAAGUGCCUUAGCAUGUGUCGCAGCUGCCACUACAGUAUGCUGGUUUACAGGUGUUCCCACUGAGCGUCACAAUAAAGAGUACCGUGUCCUA